GAGUAAUUCGAAUUUUACCAUCCACCUCCAAGUCCAAGUCCAAGUCCUGUUUUCCAAUAUUCACGUUUAUUGUAAAUAAAGAUAAAAAUAAAAAAUAGAGUUGGUAAGAGAAGAUGGAGGCUAUAAAUAACCCCGCCCACACCCAACUAUGGAAAGAGGAAACUCUUCUCGACUCGAGCAAAAUGUUUCGAGUGAAUAUUCCGAAAUCAGCGAUGCUAAAUCACACGAUUAUGAUCAUGACGCAGCUCAAGUGGGCGUGGGAUUUGAUUCUCUAUCAAUCCUUCUUCCAACCUCGUGUGAGUGUGAUUUCCGACAGCCUCUGCGUCAGACACUACAGCAUGGGCAUGGAGUCCGAGGAAUGCGCCGUCUGUCUCUGCGGCAUCGACGAUGGCGAUCAGAUCAGAGAGCUCAGCUGCCAUCACGCUUUCCACAAGGUCUGUCUCGAUAGGUGGCUCGGAUACGGCCACGUUACCUGCCCCUUGUGCCGGAACAAUGUCAAGCCGCACCACUUCACGGCCGACCUCCGCCGGGAGCUCCUCACCUUCAACUUCGCCGCCGUCGAGUCCACCGACGAUCAUGCCACGUGGUGGCUCCGCUGAUCACGCACUAUUCAUUCAUCAUGGAAAUCUAAUUAUAACUAACCCUCGAUUUAUCUCUUAAUUGGAAUUGGAUUGUCCACAUGAUUUUCAUUUUUUACUUUUUUGAGUUCCAAAUGUCAUUGUAUAGAAACAAAAAGUUCAUAUAAUUAAGGCAACAUGAUUGUUUCUUA